GGGUGGACUAGACCGGCAGGUAUCCUACUCGCACGCUGCCAAAAGGCAGGCAUCUAUCUCACUCACUCACUCACUUGACUUCCACCGACGAGAGUGACUGCCUGUGAGCGUGAGGGGAAGGAGACGGAGACGGAGGCGAGACGCUUGAGCUGAGCUGCGGCGGCUGCUUGGCGUUGGCGCUCGCUGGGAUGGGCGCCGCGGGGUGUGCGGUUCCGCUGGCGGCAUCGCAUUGCCGCCGGCUGCAGCUGCUGAUGCUGGCCCUGGCGCUGGUGCCGCUCGGUGGCCGCGGGUUCCGCGUCCGUGCCGUGGGGGCGGACACCGGCGGGCUGAGCAGAGACGCGUUCCCCAAGGGGUUCGUCUUCGGGACGGCGACGUCGGCGUUCCAGGUCGAGGGCGCGGCGUCCACCAACGGCCGGGGGCCCUCCAUCUGGGACCCCUUCGUCCACACCCCCGGAAAGAUUGCUGGAGACGCGAACGCGGAUGUUACAACUGAUGAAUAUCACCGCUACAAGGAAGAUGUUGAUCUCAUGAAAAGCCUGAAUUUUGAUGCAUAUCGGUUUUCAAUCUCCUGGUCCAGGAUCUUCCCAGAUGGCGAAGGGAAAGUUAAUGAAGAAGGUGUACAGUAUUACAACAAUCUUAUAGACCACAUGCUUAAGCAAGGGCUUACUCCUUACGCCAACCUUAACCACUAUGAUCUUCCACUUGCGCUUCAGAAGAAGUACAAAGGCUGGUUAGGCCCAAAAAUUGUGGACAUAUUCGCUGACUAUGCCGAUUUUUGUUUCAAGACUUUUGGCGAUCGGGUCAAGAACUGGUUCACAUUAAAUGAGCCAAGGAUAGUAUCAUUCCUUGGCUAUGAUAAGGGGCUUAACCCCCCUAACCGAUGCACCCAAUGUGCUGCCGGUGGCAACUCAGCAACAGAACCUUACAUUGUUGUUCAUAACAUUCUCUUAUCUCAUGCUACUGCAGUUGCAAGAUACCGCAAUAAAUACCAGGCAACUCAGAAAGGCAAGGUUGGGAUAGUUCUAGACUUCAACUGGUAUGAACCUCUUACCAACUCAACAGCAGAUCAAGCAGCAGCACAAAGGGCCAGGGACUUCCAUGUUGGUUGGUUUAUGGAUCCAUUAAUAAAUGGACAAUAUCCAAAGACAAUGCAGGACAUUGUGAAAGAUCGGUUACCAAGUUUCACACCUGAACAGGCUAAGCUAGUGAAGGGCUCAUCAGAUUGUUUCGGGAUCAAUCAAUAUACUACAUACUAUAUUUCAGACGAACAAACUCCUCAGCAAGCAACACCAAGCUACUCGUCUGAUUGGGGCGUUCAAUAUAACUUUGAAAGAAAUGGCCUACCUAUUGGACAGCUGGCAAACUCCGUCUGGCUCUACAUCGUCCCAACGGGCAUGUAUGGAGUUGUGAACUACCUAAAGGAAAAGUACCAGAAUCCAACCAUCAUUAUAUCUGAAAACGGAAUGGAUCAAUCUGGAAACCUCACGCGCGAUGAGUACCUGCACGACACCGUGAGGGUCGAGUUCUAUAAGAACUAUCUCACGGAGCUGAAGAAAGGGAUCGACGAGGGCGCCAACGUGGUCGCCUACUUCGCCUGGUCCCUCCUUGACAACUUCGAGUGGCUGUCGGGCUACACGUCCAAGUUCGGCAUCGUCUACGUCGACUUCACGACGCUCAAGCGGUACCCCAAGGACUCGGCCUACUGGUUCAGGGACAUGCUCUCAGGGGCAGGCUCAAAGGCCGCCACCCCUCAGACUGGCUCACAAAGUUCAGCUGGCAGUCCGGCUGGUUCGGCUCCGGCCGCCUCGAGUGGCCCUGCGCUCCUGGUUUCUCUGCUGGUCUCCUUGUGCUUGCUUGUUCCAUCCGUCUUCAUGGUUUCCUCCGCUUAGAAAUGAUUUGGUCUAGUGUCAAAGUACUUGAUUAUUUGUAGCAGACGCCAGCGGCAUGUUCAUUUUAGAGACAUGUUGCAAGGCAGAGGGACCAUGGUUCAGGGCUUUUUUGGCCCCGGUUUUGCUAUGAUUCAGAGCCAGCUUUGUACUGAUAUCAUGUUUAUGGAUAAGUAAUGUUUUUUGGUGUACCUCCAAGAUUUUGUUCU